GAUUUAAGUUGCAAGUGUACGGCAGUAGAGGUGCAGCACUUCUUCAUCCAUGACCCCGAACCCCUGGUGUAGGUAGGACCUUCUCCUUUUUCAGCAACAGGCCACGUUUUAAGUUCGAAAAUGUCAGAGGUGGCCGAAGGAGCCAUGACUUUGGAAGAAGAGCAGGAAAUGGAUGACAAAGUUGUCAGUCCAGAGAAAGCAGAAGAAGCCAAGAUAAAGGUCAUGCAUCCCAAUCUUGGAGCCAGACCGGGAGGUUCAGAUUUUCUGAGAAAACGACUUCAGAAAGGGCUAAAGUAUUUUGAUUCUGGCGAUUACAACAUGGCCAAGGCCAAAAUGAAGAAUAAACACUUGCCAUCAGCCCCAACAGAGAAGGAUGAGAUCACAGGUGGUCACAUCCCGACACCUCAGGACCUGCCUCAGAGAAAGACCUCUAUUGCAACAAGCAAACUGGCUGAGCGAUGAGUCUUUUUGUAGCUUUAUUACCGUUCUAACCACUCAGUCAAAGCCACUUGCCUUCAACAUUUCCAUUGUUUUUACCCCAGAAUGCAUCCUUUUUGAAAAAGUUCCGAACCACACACACACAAAAGAGAGAAAUGGGCACCUCGGGCACCAAAUUUAGACUUUUCAUCCAGCACACGAGUUCAAAAAUGUUUUUCAAGCUCAUACAAUGUAAACUGAUUUAAAUGCUUGCUUGCACUUGAAACGGGGAUGGAAUGUGUGCUGCCUUAUUUUGGCAUAGUGUUUUGAUCAUUAAAAUACUAAUAGUAGUAAAAAUAUAUACCUCUUGUUGAAUAUAAGUGCAGUUGUCCUCACUUUUGCUUAUAGAGUAGUAGAAUGGUGACACAAUACUUAAUAUAGGUAACAUAUAAUCUACAUUCAGGUUGCUCAGUUUAAUCUUUUCAGAAAUGAUGCUCACAUCUGUUGGAAAAAUGUUAGUUCAAAAGUCCUUGAAUUUUUCUGGCAAGCCCACUUAAAAUGUCCAUCUUCCAAAGUACUUACGAUCUGAUAGUUGAUAGAAUUUUAAUGGCUUUCAAUGACGGUGGUUUCCAUCUCAUCCUGACUUCUGCUCCAAAUGGCCUUAAUUGACGUGAACUACUGUUUUUCAGCAAUAUUUGCUAUCAGUAGACUUGUGUAUCUUGCCACUGUUGGACAUGAAUUGUUCAAGAUUUUAAUGGAAGGAAACCUCCUGUAUGUGUCUGGGGUGUGCAUGUGCAGCCAUCACAGUGCCAUUUGUUUUGUAAAUAAAAUAGUUUUGCAUUA